ACGACCUUGAGAACUACUUCGUCGGAAAGAUGAGAGAGUACCAAGAUUUGGAAAAUUCUGUCAAGUCCCAGGUACUGAACGGCAACCAUUUCCUCUUCAUUGCCCCGUAUAUGUGGAAGACUGAGGAUAAGAAUGUUCGGAACAACUUCAAGAUGGCCUCCAUAACAGAGGAUAACCAUCACAAGAAAGCGUGGAAAGAUUACAAAUUCAAGAGAGAUCCUCCAAAGAGGUUUCAAAGACGGAGCUUCUGAAUCGUGUGGCUGUUAUACACACAGCAUAUGACCACGCUCAAUGCUAUCCACCGUGAAUGGCAUCUCUCAACUUCCAUGAGUCGUAAUACCAAAAGGCAACACACAGGAAGGCAUAAUGGUUGACAGUUCAAUUGCGUAUCAUUGGCUGUCCUUAGUAACUGUAUAUUGUAGAUUGGGAGGACGCUGGUACUCUAGCUCAAUUAAUUUAUAUUUAUAUUCAAGCAGAAACUUAUUAGAGUAGUUGAGAAGGUGGAAGACAGCUGUAUAGACGUGUUCCGUCAUAUAUAAUGUGCUACAGUAUGCACAUUUACGACCCAUUAUUCAUAGGCAUAUUUCGGAGCAUUCCGCAACCAAAGUUCCUGGUAUAAUCGGUAGAAGAACGCUUGUUGCCUCCAGAACAGUACCACACCACUGUUAAUGGUCUAAUUGGACCAUUGAUACCGUACUGAGCUUAGUUCACCACCAUCAAACAACAAUUCAAU